GUUUACAAUCAAAUCCUUUGCUUCAACGUCAAAACCGUUCUCCAUCGCCUCCUCUCUUCUCGUCUCUUCUCUUCUCUUUCAAAUCCCAUAUUAUUCCAAUUCCCUAAAACACUAUCUCUGAUUCUCUUCCUUUUCUUCCCCUCUCUCACAAACCCUUUUUGAUUUUGAUUUGAUCUACCACCACCCUUCUUCAGCAUUCAUUUCCCUUCCUACUUUUAUGCUUUCUUCUUCUUCUUCUUCCUUUUCCUCCCUAACCCUUCUGUCCUCCAUUUCUUUUUCGCCCUCCCUUCCGACAUUUUUGGGAUUGGAUUAGUUUUUGUGUUUUCGCUUUCAUUUUCUCUAAACUACUUCUAGGGUUUCCUUUUCUGCUCUCUUUAGGGUUUCCAUCCUCCUUGGAUUAUUAGAUUUGGGUGGGUGUCUUCUUGAUUUCCCUCUUUUUCAUCUGGGAUUUUUUAUUUUUCAACUGGGGAAUCCUCAUAUUUUGUUUCACUCUGUUCUAUGUUUGUUUGUUAGGAUUGCUUUUGCAUUUGGCAGUUUUUAACUCCAAACGCGAACGAAUCCGUUGGGAACGAAUUGUUUCUCCACCACUUGAAGUUUCCUUUUUGACUGAGAAGAGAAUAGCCUUAUCAAGAAAUUCUCUAAUUUCCAUCUCUUUUUAGUUGCCUUCUCCCCUCUUUUACUGUUUUUUGCCUUUGGUUUGUUUUUGGAUAAAGGAGGAAGAGAUUGAGUUGCUUCUCUUCUGGGGGUUUAAUCCUUGUAGAAUUUAUUGAGUUGUGGAAAAGUCUUGGCUUGCAUGGGCGAACAUGAGGGGUGGGCACAGCCACCUUGUGGGCUAUUGCCCAACGGUCUUUUGCCCGAUGAGGCAGCUACUGUCAUGCGAGUGCUUGAUUCCCAGCGAUGGUCGAAGGCGGAGGAGCGAACCGCCGAGCUUAUCGACUGCAUUCAGCCCAAUCCACCCUCUGAAGAACGGCGAAAUGCUGUUGCAGACUAUGUGCAGCGGCUGAUCAGGAAAUGCUUCCCUUGCCAGGUGUUCACUUUUGGGUCUGUUCCCCUGAAAACAUAUUUGCCUGAUGGAGACAUUGACUUAACAGCAUUUAGCAAGAAUUAUAGUUUGAAGGAGACAUGGGCCCAUCAGGUUCGGGAUAUGCUUGAAAGUGAGGAGAAGAAUGAGAAUGCUGAAUUUCGUGUAAAAGAAGUUCAAUACAUUAAAGCUGAGGUUAAGAUAAUUAAGUGCCUGGUGGAAAAUAUAGUUGUAGACAUCUCAUUUGAUCAGCUUGGGGGAUUGUGCACCCUUUGUUUUCUGGAGGAGGUUGAUCAUUUAAUAAGCCAAGACCACUUAUUCAAGCGCAGUAUUAUACUGAUCAAAGCCUGGUGUUAUUAUGAGAGUCGAAUACUGGGUGCACACCAUGGACUUAUAUCUACUUAUGCCUUGGAAACCUUGGUCCUCUACAUAUUUCACGUGUUCAACAAUUCCUUCGCUGGGCCUCUUGAGGUCCUUUAUCGGUUUUUAGAGUUCUUUAGCAAGUUUGACUGGGAUAAUUUUUGUGUUAGCCUAUGGGGUCCUGUACCUAUUAGUUCCCUACCAGAUAUGACAGCUGAACCUCCGUGUAAAGAUGGUGGUGAGUUACUUCUCAGCAAGUUAUUUCUUGAAGCAUGCAGUUCAGUAUAUGCCGUUUUUCCUGGGGGCCUAGAAUAUCAGGGACCGCCUUUUGUUUCUAAGCAUUUUAAUGUAAUAGAUCCUUUGCGUGUAAACAACAACCUUGGGCGUAGUGUAAGUAAAGGUAACUUCUUCAGGAUACGCAGUGCAUUUGCAUUUGGAGCUAAAAGACUGGCAAGAUUGUUCGAGUGCCCCAGAGACGGUAUCCUCUUAGAAUUGAAUCAGUUUUUUUUGAACACUUGGGAGAGACAUGGCAGUGGCCAACGUCCUGAUGUUCCAAAGAUCGACUUGAAGUUCUUGCGAUUAUCUAAUUCACAGCAUGUAGAUGGUUCUGAGCAUCUCAGAAAUAAAUCGAACAGCAAAAGAAAUGAGAAUUCAUCUGGUCAUGAAACCCAAGAUGUUUGGUCCCGUGGCUCUCACCUUGCGAACUCACUUCAAGGUACUCCCUCGGAAAGUGCAUCUAGAAAUGACACUUCUACAACUUCUCGUAAUCAAGCACAAAGGAGUUGUGGCAGCUCAAACAACUCAAGGUCCUCUGAUCAUAGUAGGAAAGAAACUAACUACUAUCAUGGUAACCUUGUAGAUAGAAGUCAGAGAUAUUCUAAACCCGAGAACCAUGUGAAUGAUUUACAGGGAAGGUUUCUGUUUGCAAGGACACGUUCUAGCCCAGAGCUUACUGACACCUACAGUGAAGUUUCAUCUCCAUUAAGGCGUAACAGAGUUCCUGAAAGUGGAAAAGUCCAUUUUAACAGAACAGAGGCCAACAGGAGGAAGAACCUAGAAUCUGAUAAUGUGGAAAACCAAUUGAGAUCGUCAACUGACGAUCCUUCAAUUGUUAGACAUAUACCAACCCGUCAGAGCAUUGAUGGUACUGGUGAUUCGAACAGUGGUUCAAAUAGUCACCAGGAUGAGUCUGGCCCCGAAGCUAUUGGCGAGGAUUUUGCUUCUAUUUCUGGGACAUUGGCGAUGCAUCAGGAGGAGCAGGAUCUUGUUAACUUGAUGGCAUCAUCUACUGCCCAUAAUUUUAAUGGACAGGUUCAUCUGCCACUGAACAUGACGACAGCUCACCUACCUCUUCCAUUACCUUCUUCUGUUUUAGCCCCUAUGGGCUAUCCUCCAAGGAACUUGGGAGGAAUGGUCCCCACCAACAUUCCCUUGAUUAAGACUCCUUGGGGCACAAAUAUGCAUUUCCCACAAGGAUUUGUUCCUUCUCCGUUGACUCCCUAUUUUCCUGGCAUGGGAUUGUCGACAAGUUCAGAAGAUGGCAUUGAGUCGGGCAAUGAAAAUUUUAGUUCUUUAGAAAUGAAUUCAAGAGAGGGGGAUGAAGACUUUUGGCAGGAGCAAGAUAGGAAUUCUAGUGUUGGGUUUGAUCAUGACAAUGGGGGAUUUGAAGGGCUUCAGUCGGAUGAUAAGCAACAGUCGACUUCUGGAGGUUUUAACAUUAUUCCUUCAUCCCGAAUGCCCGUCUCUGGCAGUGCUACUGUUACCCAUAAAAAGCAUGCCAAAGAAAAUCGAGUGGCAAUGAAGGAUGGGAAUGCAAAUGCUUAUCAAGAUGACAGAGAGAAUGAAGCACGUUACGACGAUAGACCAUCAUCCUUUAGGCCCUCUACUGGUGUCUCACACACUAGUGGCCUAAGAAACAAGACUACCACAGUGAGUUCUUGGGAUGAGUUGCCUUCAAGAGCCUCAAAAUCAUCUAGGGAGAAACAGGGAUCCAAAUCAAAUACCUUUGACCCGCCAUCCUCUUAUGGGAAAGGCAAAAAUGUUUCUGAACGUUCAUCUACUGUGACCGACGAAGGUAGCAGAGAUUGGAGUCACCUACCUAAUAUGGGUACUGAAUUGGCCGAAAUAAGUGCUGGACCUCAUGCUACAAGGCAUCAAAUUACUGGGGUUGAACCACCACCCCAUACAGCUGGGUCAGAUCCAUUAAUACCUCUUCCUCCAGUACUCAUGGGCCCAGGUUCUAGACAAAGAGGUGCUGAUAAUUCUGGGGUGGUUCCAUUUGCAUUUUAUCCUACAGGGCCACCUGUUCCCUUUGUUACAAUGCUUCCAUUUUAUAAUUUUCCAUCAGAGGCAGGAACUUCAGAUGCUUCAACGAGUCAUUUCAGCGAGGAGGACUCCUUGGAUAAUGUCGAUUCUUCCCAGACUACCGAUUUGUCUGAAGGACAUAAUAAGCCUGAUGUUUAUACCAUCACUAAUCCUAUGAAAGGGUCUUCCGUCACUGAACCUUCACAAUCUAAAUUUGACAUUCUCAAUAGUGAUUUUGCCAGUCACUGGCAAAAUUUGCAAUAUGGUCGGCUUUGCCAAAGCUCUCGGCAUCCAUCACCUCUGAUUUAUCCUUCACCUGUUGCCCCCGUCUAUCUGCAGGGUCGUUUUCCAUGGGAUGGGCCCGGAAGACCUCUUUCAGCCAACAUGAAUUUAUUUACUCUGGGUUAUGGGUCUCGUUUACUCCCUGUUUCUCCUGUCCAGUCUGUUUCUAACAGGCCUAAUUUAUAUCAGCAUUACAUCGAUGAAAUGCCGAGACAUCGCAGCGGGACUGGAACGUACUUGCCAAAUCCUAAGGCUUCACCGCGCGAACGCCAGAAUGCUAGGCGAGGAAACUACAGCUAUGAUAGAAGUGAUAGUCAUGGUGAAAGAGAUGGGAACUGGAACAUCAAUUCAAAAUCACGAAGUUCUGGUCGGCGCGGCCAAGUCGACAAGCCAAAUUCCAGGUUAGACCGCUUGUCUGCAAGUGAGAAUCGAGCUGAAAGGGCAUGGAGCUCACAUAGACAUGACUCCAUGCCUUACCAAUCCCAGAAUGGUCCGAUCCACUCAAACACCACACCAAGUGGGUCGACUAGUAUGGCUUAUGGCAUGUAUCCGCUCCCAGGCAUGAAUCCAGGCGCGGUGACUUCUAAUGGACCUUCCAUGCCCUCGAUUGUGAUGUUUUAUCCGUUGGAUCAUAAUGGUGGGUAUGGCUCACCUGCAGAACAGCUCGAGUUUGGAUCUCUUGGACCUGUAGGUUCUGCUAAUAUAAACGAUGUGUCGCCGCAGAUGAACGAGGGAGGCAGAAUGAGUAGAGCAUUUGAGGAUCAAAGAUUUCAUUCUAGCUCAAAUCAACAACGUACUCCUCUCGAAGAACCUCCUUCACCUCAUCUUCAGAGGUAACCUUAGCUUAAUUUCCUUCACGACUGAAUUAUUUCCAAGAUAGGAAAGCAUCACCAAAAAGAAGAUAAAUCACGACCGUCGAGUUCUGUCGGUUGUAUUCUUUGAUUCUAGUAGCAGCAGCUUGCAGCAGCAUCUCACAAGCCGUAGCCAUGCACCCCCUUUAACUCAACUCCUAUAUGAGCAAUAUGCAACUCUUUGCACUGUUGUUCUUCAGAGAGGAAGUUUUUGGUCGAGGUGGGAGGGAUGUUCCUAUUCCACUUUGAUUGAGCCAGGGAGGGAGGGGGUGUGUGAAAGGUCAUUUUUAUCCUUAUAAGAUGACUUUGAUUGCAGCAGUUUGUAUGUAUAUUAAGGAGUGAAAUCCAUCGCAUUUAAGGGGGAAGGGACUGAAAGAGGCAGUGAAGGAAGGAAGGAAGGAAGGAAGGAAGGAAGGAACGAACGAACGAACGAGUUCUCGUAGGUCUCGGGCGAAUAGUAGAAGAGGCUCAGUUUAUGGUUUAGAUACGUUUAUAACUAAUGAGGUUAGAAAGUAGAAAUCAUGUCUCAUUACAACACGAUUUGUUUCCUUGGAAUUCCGUCACAAAAACACUUUACAUUAGGGAUGCCAAUUUAGAGUCUCACUUUACUUUGUAAUACUCUUUUUGUUUCUUAUUUUACCAACUCCCGAACUCCUAAACUCCUUCCUUUUUGCUCAUUA